CGGAAUAUUCUAGAAGCGGCAUUGAUCCGGUGUAUAAAACCGGCCAUUGCGAGCCUCCCGUCCCGAUUUCAAGCUAAGACGUUGUGCAGUGAACUUCUGCGCGUGAAUAAUUCAAGUUUUAUCUGCAUUUAUACAUAAAUCUAUAAGAUGGCUAAGGCACCAGCAGUUGGUAUUGAUCUUGGAACCACCUAUUCCUGUGUGGGUGUUUUCCAACAUGGAAAGGUCGAAAUUAUUGCUAACGAUCAAGGAAACAGGACAACACCAUCCUAUGUUGCCUUCACAGACACUGAGCGUCUCAUCGGUGAUGCCGCCAAGAACCAAGUUGCGAUGAACCCCAAUAACACAAUUUUUGAUGCUAAACGUCUUAUUGGGCGCAAGUUUGAAGACACCACUGUCCAGAGUGAUAUGAAGCACUGGCCGUUCGAGGUCAUCAGCGACGGUGGCAAACCAAAGAUCAAGGUUGACUACAAGGGUGAAGCCAAGAGCUUCUUCCCCGAGGAGGUCAGCUCCAUGGUUUUGGUUAAGAUGAAGGAAACUGCUGAAGCUUAUCUUGGCAAGACUGUCACAAAUGCUGUCAUCACCGUACCCGCAUAUUUCAACGACUCUCAGCGUCAGGCCACCAAGGAUGCCGGUACCAUCUCCGGUCUGCAGGUUUUGCGUAUCAUCAACGAACCCACCGCGGCUGCCAUCGCCUACGGUUUGGACAAGAAGGGUGUCGGCGAGCGCAAUGUUCUUAUCUUUGAUUUGGGCGGUGGUACCUUCGAUGUGUCCAUCUUGACCAUUGAAGACGGUAUCUUUGAGGUCAAGUCUACCGCUGGUGACACUCACUUGGGCGGUGAAGAUUUUGACAAUCGUAUGGUUAACCACUUUGUGCAGGAAUUCAAGCGCAAAUACAAGAAGGAUUUGACUAGCAACAAGCGUGCCCUGCGUCGUCUGCGCACAUCUUGCGAACGUGCGAAGCGUACCCUGUCAUCCUCCACCCAGGCGUCCAUUGAAAUCGAUUCCUUGUUCGAGGGUAUUGAUUUCUACACCUCCAUCACCAGGGCUCGUUUCGAAGAGUUGAACGCUGACUUGUUCCGCUCCACCAUGGAACCCGUCGAGAAGUCGAUCCGCGACGCCAAGAUGGACAAAGCUCAUAUCCACGACAUCGUACUUGUCGGUGGUUCUACUCGUAUCCCGAAAGUCCAGAAGUUGUUGCAAGACUUCUUCAAUGGCAAGGAGUUGAACAAAUCGAUCAACCCCGAUGAAGCCGUCGCGUACGGUGCUGCCGUCCAGGCUGCCAUCUUGCACGGUGACAAGUCCGAAGAGGUGCAGGAUCUGCUCCUCCUCGACGUAACUCCAUUGUCUUUGGGUAUCGAAACUGCUGGCGGUGUGAUGACUGCUUUGAUUAAGCGUAACACUACCAUUCCCACCAAGCAGACUCAGACCUUCACGACCUACUCAGACAACCAACCUGGUGUCUUGAUCCAGGUUUACGAAGGUGAACGUGCCAUGACUAAGGACAACAAUAUCCUUGGAAAGUUCGAGCUCACCGGCAUUCCACCAGCGCCCCGUGGUGUUCCUCAAAUCGAAGUCACCUUCGACAUUGACGCCAACGGUAUCUUGAACGUAACUGCUAUCGAGAAGUCCACCAACAAGGAGAACAAGAUCACCAUUACCAACGACAAGGGUCGUCUCAGUAAGGAGGAAAUCGAGCGUAUGGUUAACGAAGCUGAGAAAUACCGCAACGAAGAUGAGAAACAGAAGAGCACAAUUUCCGCCAAGAACGGUCUCGAAUCUUACUGCUUCAACAUCAAGAGCACUAUGGAGGAUGACAAGAUCAAGGAGAAGAUCAGUGACGCCGAAAAAACUCAGGUCAUGGACAAGGUUAACGAAGUCAUCGCCUGGUUGGAUGCCAACCAGUUGGGCGAGAAGGAAGAAUACGAACACAAGCAGAAGGAAUUGGAGGGCUUGUGCAAUCCGAUCAUUGCCAAGUUGUACCAGGGAGGCGCCGGUGGUGCUCCGGGCGGUAUGCCUGGUGGAUUCCCUGGUGCUGGCGGUGCUGCCCCCGGUGCAGGUGCUCCGGGCGCUGGCGGUGCCGGUCCGACCAUCGAAGAAGUCGAUUAAAUAACUCCACAUUCCUUACUCCAGUAUUAUUUGCAGAAUUUGCCUAAUUUAUACGUCACCGUUUUAAUAUGAAUCUGAUUUUUCACCAAAGAUGACAAACUGUUUGUUCGAGGGUGUUUUUGAAUGGAAACAUCUCUUCAAAUUUUCGUAUUUCUGAACUAGGAAACUUGAAUUGUUCAAUAAAGCGUCGAAAUCCUUACAUAAAA